AUGGCUCUUUUUAAGAUUAUCUUUGCCAGUUGCCUGCUGUUGGUCAUUGAUGGUGCUUUGCUGCCGGGCAUUCCAUUCCAUGCCACCGAAGUGGAUCCUCAUCCACAAUAUGCCUUUGCCUAUAAUGUACAGGAUGGUUUAACUGGCGAUAGCAAGAGCCAACAGGAAGUUCGUGAUGGUAAUGUUGUCAAGGGUUCCUAUUCAGUGGUCGAUGCUGAUGGCACAUUGCGUACGGUAUUCUAUACGGCCGAUGAUAAUGGUUUCAAUGCUGUGGUUCAACGUGGUCCAGUUCCAGUUGCAGUGGCACCACCAGCCCCAGCACCUGUACCAUUCUUAGGUUAGUUUCCUGGACUACA